AAUAAAACAUCAACAGGAUUGUAAUCAUUUCAGCUGUUUGGCAGUGUGCCCAAAGGGGGCCUGGGUGGCCACCUGUGGCCAGGACCGCUCCAUUCGCUUGUGGCAGCGCACGCAGGAGCCAUUAGUACUUGAAGAUGAGCGAGAAGAAGAACGCCUGAAGGAGGAGGAAGAGAGUGGGAUGUUGGCAACCCAGAGACCUGCUGUUGCUGGAGAAGAUGGAGCCCAGGCAGUCCGUCCGUCUACCACCACACAGGAGACUGAGAGAGCAGUUGAUUCCAUCAGAGAAGCAUUGGAGAUCUAUAGAGAGCAGUUGGAAGCAGGUUCCUCUGCCACACCUCACCAACUCAUGACAUACGUUUAUAAUACUGCUGACCCUCUUAAAUUUGUCUUGGAAGUCCUCAGAAAGAUUAAGUCAAGUGAGCUGGAAGAGGCUGUUAUCAUGCUGCCAUUAGACAACAUUCUGGAGUUGAUGGUGGUUAUUAAGGGCCUUUUGGAGAACAAUUGGGAUAUUGAAUUAGCCAGCAGGAUCCUGGUGUUGGCUGUGAGGAUCAACCUACCUCAGCUCCUCUCCUCACCUAAGGCAGCUCCACUGGUGAGGUCUAUGGCUAAGCUUCUACCCAAGAGAAUCAAGGAGUUUAAGGAUAUGAUUGGUUUUAAUGCUGCCGGGUUACGUCACAUGAAAGAUCGUAUUGAGGAACGCUCCGAGACGCAAAUGUUUGCCGAGGCAUUAGAAAAUGUACAGACAUCCAGGAGAAGAGAAAGAAGAAAGAUCGGGCAGUCAAAAGGGCUCUUCUUACUAUUUAAAUGUAUGCAAAAUUUCCAAUGCAAAUCUGAGUUGUUAGAACAUCGAGUAAAAAAGUUAAUAAAUACAUAAAAUGACA